AUAAGUGGGGCUCUUCUCCAUUGUUAGGUGCCUCAAAGCUUCAAAAUACAGUCAACGCAUCAGAAACUCUGCCUCUCUGCAAAAAAACACAGAUGGAAGUGAAUCCUAACGGCGGCGCUGGUUUCAGCGAAGAAAACGGCACACAGAGUACCGAUAUGUCUCCGUCAGAGACGACGGAGAUGGCGGUAAUGAAAGAAGAACUGACGGAAACUGAUAAUCAUAACCGUCAAGAAUCGCUUGCGGUGGGUGUUGUUCCGAUGCCGAUGACAAUGACAGUGCCGAAGGAGAAGAGACAAUCAAAGGACCGUCACACGAAGGUGGAGGGACGUGGUCGGAGAAUCAGAAUACCGGCAGCCUGCGCGGCGAGGAUCUUUCAGCUGACACGUGAGCUUGGUCACAAGUCUGACGGAGAAACAAUACGGUGGUUGCUUGAACAAUCUGAACCUGCAAUCAUUGAAGCCACCGGCACUGGAACUGUUCCAGCCAUCGCUGUUUCAGUCGGUGGCACGCUGAAAAUUCCUACUACAUCGGCGGCGAGACCGGACGGUGAAGAUACUCCGAGGAAACGAAGGAAGAAAGCAUCAAACAGUGAAUUUGUUGAUGUUAGUGAUCAAGUUUCAAUGUGUUCAGGACUAGCACCAAUUGCUCAAACACCAUACUGUGGCGCUGCCGUGAACGGUGGUGAAAAUGGUGGUGGUGGUGGUUUGGUUCCUUUAUGGCCUGUGGUGAGUAAUGGUGUGUCUAAUCAAACUGGGCCAUUUUUCAUGUUCCCAAAUUCAACUAUGAAUCAACCACAGUUUUGGGCUAUUCCUGCAGCACCUUUUUACAAUGUGCAAAAUAGACCCAUUUCUGAUUAUGUUUCUGCUAUGCAAAUGAUGCAACAAAAUCAACAACCUUCAAAUGCUUCUGCUAAUGCUAAUUCUUCAUCUACUUUGGUUCCUUGUUUGAACUCAGCAACUUCAACUACUUGUUCUGCUGCUUCAUCAUCUUCUGCAGGAACCCCACAAAUGAUUAGGGAUUUCUCUUUGGAAAUAUUUGACAAGAAAGAGCUACAGUUUAUGGGUUGUUCUUCUGCAAAUUUAGGAUCACCUCCUACUUCAAACCCUUCAAAUUGAACCACAAUGUCACUAGAAAAAAAAAUAUAUGAUUAGACUUUAGAAGUUAAACAAUUUUUUUGUUUGGAUCAGAAAAGUAGAGAUAGCUUGUGUCUAUCUGAAUUUUGUCUUUUUGGUUUUUGGCUGAUGCGAAAGAACACAUCUUGAACUUUUUUUUAUUAAUGAAAAUCCAUCUUUUCUCAUUGUCUCAA